GUCAAAUUUAAAACAAAAUGCCCGUAGAGUUAAGUUCAAAAUGCCAGAACUUAGUCCAAGAGAAACAUUAGAAUCAAAGGGUGAUGAAUGUUUCUCCCCAGUACUACAACGUGGUGGCUUAGGAAAAUCAUACCCAAAAAAUGACGAGCUUUUAGAAACAGAGAGUGGCAGUGACUGUGAUAAUGAUCAGCUAAAUGAGAAAACACAACAAAUUCUGGAGGGAGUCAUUGCAUUUGUUGAUGUCAGAUCAAAUCAUGAUAAUAGGUCUGCUGGAGUUGGAAAGGUCCUUGAGAGACUUGGGGCCACAGUUGUCAAGAAAUUAAUCCCAGAAAUCACCCAUGUGGUUUUCUCAAAUGGCUUACAGAGCACACUUAAUCAUGUUGAUAAGUACAAUGCUCAAUUUGUAUCGGUUUUGUGGGUUGACAGCUGUAUGAAAAGCAAUUGCAGGGUAGAUGAGCAUCUUUAUCCUGCCUCAAGGGUUGAUGCGAUCUCUCCUAUGCCAUUGAUGCGGGGCAAGUCAAAGAGACUCAAGUCUAUGCAACCAAAGCCAUUUGAAAAUGGUGUUGACAAUUCUAAGACUGAAAGCAAAAGAAAGAAGAGAAAUUUACCAAAAGACAAGACCAUGGACUCUCCUUUCGCUUAUAUUUCAUUGGAAGAUAUAGAAAUGAAAGAUCUUUCUAAAAAGAUGAAAGAUCAUGAUGCCCAUUUUUAUUCGCCGAUUUCCACGGGGAGUCCGUUUUUCAAUCAGGUGAUGAAGAAGCUUUCUGAAAAAAGAGCAUCAUUAGGAGAGUCUCCAGAGUGUACAAGGAAUCGUACAAGUGCGAAGAAAGAAACUUUGCCGCUCGAACUGGGAAAUGAAGAGCAAGCCCCGAAGAAUAAAGAAGAUCAAUAUGCAGACGAUAAUGUUUUUAAUGUCGAUUCGUGUGCUGGCUUUGAAAAAAUCCCAUACAUGCAAGAUUUUGAACCAGCAUCUGCGGAAAGACAAGCAGCUUGUCGGAAAAUUUACAGUGAAGGAGCAGCAGCAACGGACAAUAGCAAACCUUGUGAACCAGAAGAAGAGGAAGACUGGCCUACACCCUUAGAUUGUGAACCUAUGGACUUGGCUCCCAAACUGGAUAGAGCAGCUGAGGUAUCUGCUGACGAAAUGGAAGAAGACGGUGAUACUCAUGGACUAAAUUACCAUGCUACUAAAAAAGCGACUGAUGAUUGUGUAGGGAAUUCGAAAAAUUUAGAUGUCUGCAGCUAUUCUAAACCAAUAAGGAAGAAAAAGAAAUUGUUAUCUAAAAGUCAGAUGUUGACAUCAAUCUUGAAUUUUUCAAGUAGAAAUAAUGGAGAUGAGAAGGCUAUAGAUGGUGCAGUGACCAGUUCUGAAAGAUUUGAUAAUCAGCAGAGAGAAAAGAAAACACCAACAAAGCGAAAAAGACAGCAAGAAAUAUCUCCAAGAAAAAGGCAGAAAGGAAACAAAGAAAUAAGCAGUAACAAAAAUGAAUUUUUUGAUGAAGAGGUACAAAUAGACAUGAAUGAGAAUGCUGUGCAAAUGGAUACAGAUGCUGAUAACGAUGACAGGCAAUCUGAAGUUGAUGAAGCAAAUUCUGGGGACAAUGUAGAAGAGCGUAAGAAUUCUGAAAAGGAAAGCUAUAAUGGAAAGAAGAAAAGACCUAAAGGAUGCUUGGUCAUGACCAGUUUGCAUUCCAGUCAACAAGAUUUCAUUCGAAAUGCUGUUAAAACUCUUGGCUCCUUUGUGAUCUCCAAAACUGUGAAUUUGUCUACAACCCACGUAAUUUCUGGAAGUGGAAGAAGAACACUGAACAUAUUAAAUGGAAUCGCGCAUGGAUGCUGGAUUCUGUCUCCAAACUGGAUCAACUGCUCAUAUGAUGAAGGCCAUUGGUUGAAUGAAGAAGGUUUCGAACUGGUGGACGUCUUCCAAACAGCUAUGAAAAAUCGGUGCUCUCGAUUAGCAACAGGAAGAAGCUUAUCGAGUGUGCUAUUCGAAAACGAAGAUCCCUUUUACAUCGCUGAGGACACUGUCCCACCUAAAGCUGAGAUUAUAAAACUGAUACGAAAAUGUGGUGGCCAGGUAACAUCAAAUGUUUCGAAGGCAAAAAUAUGCAUCGGGAAGCAUCAACAAACAGAAUUACAUUGCGUUGAAGAGAAAUGGCUUCUUGACUGCAUCAUGAACACAGAAGUCCUUAGCACAGAUGACUACAUUAUCGAGAAGCUGGGGAACACUUAGUCAGGAUUAUCACCCGGACAACACAUGGCUUUUACACCCUCGGACCGUUCGAUGUGACACCAGCAUCAGGAUUCGAAGAGUCUAUCAGAAGACGGGUGACAAGGCUAAGAACAUUGCAAGAAAAGGGUUGUGCUAAGUUGUGCUACAGAAGAACUGAUGCCGAAAAGAGAUCGUCAGCUGGCUAUCCUUACUAUGGCACACUUGACGAAGAAACUCGUAAGCUUGUAAAUAGCUUCCAUCGCAAUCUUUAUUUAAUUGAUUCAUAUCAUGUAUUUUAAACUGAAUUUUUAUUAAUAAAUUUGUUCUCUA